AUGCCGGUACAAGACUCGCACGCCUUUGGCGGCGCUGGCUAUUCGAAUGGUCACGCGAACGGACAUGCGAACGGCGCCAACGGUCACGCCGUCAACGGGCAUGCAAACGGAGCUUACACCCAGGCCGCCGCCUCGACGUCCACAGGCAGGCCCAAUAUCCUUUUCGUCAUGGCCGAUCAGCUCGCGGCUCCCCAGCUGCGCAUGUACAAUGAAAACUCGCAGAUCCUCACGCCCAAUCUCGACCGCCUCGCUCGCGACGCAGUCGUGCUCGACUCGGCCUACUGCAACUCGCCCCUAUGCGCCCCUUCGCGCAUGGCUCUCGUCACCGGUCAGCUCCCAUCCAAGAUCGGCUCGUACGACAAUGCCGCCUCCAUCAGCUCGGACCUCCCCACCUACGCCCACUACCUCCGCUCCGCCGGAUACGAGACCGUCCUUGCCGGCAAGAUGCACUUUAUCGGCGAUCAGCUCCACGGCUUUGAGAAGCGCCUCACCGCCGACAUCUAUCCCGGCGACUACGGAUGGGCUGUCAACUGGGACGAGCCCGACCGAAGGCUCGAGUGGUACCACAACGCCUCCAGCAUCCUCCAGGCUGGUCCCUGCGUCCGUUCAAACCAGAUGGACUACGACGAAGAGGUCCUCUACAAGUCGAACCAGUAUCUCUUCGAUUACGCCCGCCGUAGCGGCGGCGCAAGCUCGGCACGUCCAUUUGCGCUGACGGUCAGCUUCACCCACCCACACGACCCGUACACCAUCGAGGAAGAGUUCUGGAAUCUGUACGAAGGCGUCGAUAUCAACAUGCCCGAAGUCGAGAUCCACCCAGACAGACAGGACCCGCACUCGAAGCGCCUCCGCCACGUUUGCGACCUCGACGGCAGGCAAUUCACCCCAGAGCAGAUCAAGCGAGCCAAGCGCGCUUACUACGGCUCCGUCUCAUACGUCGACGCAAAGGUCGGCCAGCUGCUAGCCACGCUCGACAAGUGCGGCCUGCGCGACAACACCAUCAUCGUCUUUAGCGGAGACCACGGAGACAUGCUGGGCGAGCGUUCGCUCUGGUACAAGAUGAGCUACUUUGAGAGCUCGGUCCGUGUGCCGCUCCUCUUCAACUAUCCCAAGAUGUUUUCGCCCCGCCGUGUCAAGGCCAACGUCUCCACCAUGGACCUCCUGCCGACCUUUUGCGACAUUGUCGGCAUCCCGCUCCAACAGCAGCUGCCCCUCGACGGCAUCAGCAUGCUCCCGCAUCUGCUCGGACGCACGGGUCACGACACCGUCAUCGCCGAAUACAUGGGAGAGGGGACCGUGGCGCCACUGUGCAUGAUUCGACGUGGUCCUUGGAAGUACAUCACAUGCCCCGCCGACCCUCCGCAGCUCUUCAAUCUGGCUCAUGAUCCCAAGGAACUGGUCAAUCUGGCCUCCGAUCGCGAUGCGCUCGACGAAGCGACCCGAAAGGUACUCGACGACUUUGAGCUCGAGGCGCUCAAGCGCUGGGAUAUGGCAAAGAUCACCGAAGACGUCCUCUUAGUCCAGCGACGCAGGCGCUUCGUCUUCUCCAGCCUCAAGCAGGGCGCAUGGACCUCUUGGGACUAUCAGGUCCCCAACGACACUCAGAACAUGUACAUCCGCUCUCACAUGGAUCUGGAUGAUCUCGAGCGCAUGGCGCGCUAUCCGCCGGUUGACGAGUACGGCAACGUCAUCUCCGCCUCCGACUUUGUUGGCCCUCCGUCCUUCACAAAGGGUCAACAAGUUUGA